UGGCUAGCUAGCUAGAUGUCUUCACAAGUGUAUCUCUCUGAUCUCUCCAUUGCAUCCCACCUUUGCAUUUCGCUCGCUUGCAGAGCUUGAGGGUCCCGUAAUGGACGUUCUCCUUGCUGCAGUCGUAGGCGAGCUAACAACUAGAUCCAUAAAUUUCCUCAUCAGAAACUGCCUGAAGCCAACCGCACCGGACGUGGAGGACCGCCUCCGCAGGAUCCUGCUCCGGGCGGAGGUCAUCGUGGAAGAGGCCAUGGGGCGGCAGAUCACGAACCAAGCUAUGCUCCAGCAGCUGGACGUGCUCAGAGAAGCCAUGCACCGAGGCCAUUACAUCCUCGACACCUUCAGCUACGAAUCUCGCAGCAAGGAGGAGGAAGAGGAGGAGGAGGAGGAGGAGGAGGCCAGAGGUCAUGGCGCGUCCAAAGUAAAUCCUCUGCAAGGUCUGUGCUCAUCGCCAUCCAGUAGAAAUAGAAACACGAGGAUCUUGGAACAGAUGCGGAAAUCGGUCGACCAUCUAGGCUCCCUGAUCCGUGACGUCCAAGAGCUGGUGGUGUUCUUGACGGGCUAUCCUCGCAUCAUACUACAUCGCCAGCCUUACAGCAUGCAUCUCCUACUCAGCAACUGCAUGUUUUGCCGCCAGAUGGAGACCGAGCUCGUCGUCGACUUCCUGCUGCUGCGCGCACGAGCGGAUCAUGCACCUGAAAGGAGGCUGGAUGUGCUGCCGAUCGUCGGCCCUCGUAAAGUCGGCAAGAGCACCCUCGUCGCCCACGCUUGCAGGGACGAAAGAGUCCGCGGCCGUUUCUCCCAGAUACUGUUCUUGCGGGACCGCGGUGGUUUCACAGGCCACGACGACCUGGCCAAGUUCAGAGAAGGAUGCGAAACGGAGCACCUGCAGAGCCUAGUGCCGGGCUCCAACGACAGAGACGGCGGAAGAUUUCUGCUCGUUCUUGAGCUAGCCGGCGACCUCGACGAGGAUUCGUGGGGUGGGUUCUACUCUGCUUGCACGCGCCAUCUUCCAAGCGGGAGUAAAAUCAUAGUCACAAGUCAGUCUGACACCAUCAUGAAGUUCGGGACGACGACGACGACACAGGCGCUACGCGUGAAGUUUCUGUCCCACGAGGCCUACUGGUACUUCUUCAAGACACUCGCGUUUGGUAGCACGGAUCCCAAGACGCGCCCAAGGCUUGCACGCCUGGCCAUGGAGGUAGCGGAGAUGACUCAUCCAUGCCUCAUUGGCGCAACGAUGUUUGCUCGUCUGCUGAGGGACAGCAGCUCUGACAUCCGCGUGUGGUACAAGGUUCUGCGCUUCUUGAGAGAGCAAAGGAAGGAAAAUGCUUCGAGGUUUGGUGGGCAUCCAUUCGACCUUGUAAACCAGAGAAGGCCAGCAUAUAUUGGGAGAAUGGCCUCGCCUUCUGAAUAUGCCGUGUUUUAUGAUGAGCAGCAGUGCUCUUCGCAAGAGGGGGUUCCGGAGAUAAGUGCUCAUGAUGUCAUGUUUGGGAGGGUGAAAGCUCAUGGGAAAUUCAAGGUCCUAGGAUGGAGGUCUCACAUACCACCCUACCUUAGCUAUGUUGGUACUUGCGAGAUCCAAGAGCUCAAAACCACAUCUCUAAAGAGAAAGCGUCCUUGUCGUUGUAUAGAAGAUUGAGUCACAUCACAUCUCGCUGAAUUCCAUUGGUAAAUCAAAUUUGCUUACCCCAACUCGCAACAUUCAGUUAAACAA